GUCAAAUUGAUGGCCGCCAGUCGGCAGGUCUGCCGCUGAUCUAAGCUUUACAGUCGCGAAUCGGGAAGCACGCGUCUUUCCUUCCACUCUCGAAUGAAAGCGCCGUAUUGGUUUUCUCCAUAAUCAAGGCUCAGUUUUACGUUUAUGCCAUCUUUAUGUUCAAAUGUCGCCAGCUUAGCAAAUUACCCAAACUCAAUGGAAAACCGUCUGUCGCCUUCCGUGGAUGCAAGCCUGGCGCUCUGACUGGUGCAUUUCCCAUCACCGACCGUUACGCAGUACGACUGGAUCCAAAACACCCAGCACUUAGAAUCAAUCUCAAGAUCCUCCCACUCGUAUCCCAGCCUUUCUUGUCCAUCAAGGCAAUACCGUUUGGCAUCCUCACCAAGCCCGAAAAUGCUGUGACGUUCGAGAGGCCGGUGGAGCUGUGGGAGAGUCGCGUCGCCAGGCUGAAGGAUCCUCCUACAGAACACACAGACAUAUCGCUCCCUGUCCACCUACUGAUGCCGAAGAAAACCGUGCACAAGAAAAAGUAUCUCAGAGUCGAAAUUGCGCGCAAAGUCAAAACGGCCAUUGCACUCAUCUUUUCGAGGGGUUUGGAUGUCAGGAGUGAUGGUGAGCUGGUGCUGAAUGAUAGACAGACGAGGGGAGAUUGUGAUAAGCUGAUCGUAGAUGGAUGGAGUUAUAUCAUCUCGCCGCAGCUCGAGAUAUAUCGAAUGCCAUUCGAGGACCUCGUAAAAGGAUUACGCAGAUCGCUGUUUCAGAUUUCGAGCGGCAUCAGGCAGCUGGAACAACAGUGGGCAGCAAAGGAUAAACGCGUGUAUUUUGGACGACAAGAGGCGCGCUUUACUAGUGCUCGUCCUGGGAACCCGACUCUGGCUGAGAUGCGCGCCAAGAUGCGAGAAAAUGAAGAGAGGAGACGUAGAGAUGCAGAGAAUGAACUUCAAAUCGACGAUCUUUCAGCUGUGCAUGAAAAGGCGGCGGUUCUAGAAGCGCCUCUGAAUGAUGAAACACUGGCCUCAAAUGUGUCUUUGUCGCCAGACUCUGGCUAUUCUUUGCCUGAUUAUCCCUUCGACAAGUCCCGGCAACACGAUGCAUCAAGUAGCUUUGCGUCAGCAACUGCUAACACCUGCAACGAUGAAGAAGAGAACAUUCCAGCUAGGAUUCUUGAACACGAUGACUCUCCCUCACCCUGGACGAAUCAAAUACCACAAACACCCCUCGAGACGUUUCGGGACGACAACGUUGGUAUUCAUUCCCCAAUGACUUAGACUUUACCUUACGACACACUUUCAGGCAUCAGCUACUCCCUCCCUCAAGAAAACGGACAACUCUUCUUGGAUCUCAUUCUUGGACG